AUGAGCAUACAUAUUGUCAGUCUUCAGGAAUAUGAACUUAGAUAUGUACAGCCAGAAUUUACUUUCAGUCCGCUUCAUUUCCUUUCAACCAUAAAGACAACCCUUGCUCGGAGAUAUCUUACACUCCGCCAUAGCAAGUUCUCCGUGACUGUAUCCUUUAACAAGGAGGAUGUGAUGGAAUCCCUAUUUGCAUUACAAAUUCCAGAGGAAAGAGACCAGCGGUCAGAAGACAAAUGCCUGCGGAAACUGACGUCUGAUGUUGAGUUCCAUCAAUCUCUUGCAGCGACAGGUGUCUCUAGUUGUCGUCACAUUUCCUGCGUGACAUCAGACCGGGUCUGGGUCAGUGAUAAUGUAAACAAUCUAAUCUUGAUAGACAAAACAGGUGUCCCUCUACAUCGUGUGGAGGAUUUAUGUACUUAUGUAUCUAGAGGAUUACACACUGUGAGUACUAAGAAUGAACUGAUUUAUAUAGAUAGGAAUGAUACAAUCAAGAAACUGUCAAAGGAUACAAAAACAACCACCACAUUUAAAGAGAAUACAGACCAUACAUGGGCACCACUGUUUGUGUACUCCUCCCCGUCCACUGGGGAUUUGUUGGUCGGAAUGCAUAGAAAGUAUUCAGGGCCAGGCAAGGUAAUGCGAUACAAUCGGAGCGGACAUCGGACACAAACAAUACAACAUGACACCACAGGACAGGAACUGUAUAAUCAGCCUAACUAUAUAACAGAGAACAACAAUGGGGAUGUCGUGGUGUCUGACUAUAGAACUGGUGCUGUAUAUUUUUCAAACAUUUACCGUUUGUCUUUGUGUGGGUAUGGUACUGUAGUGGUGACAGAACGAGGCGGAAGACAUCGUUUCUCCUACACAGGACAUCCAUCAGGAUCAGAGUUACAGCCAUUUGGAAUAUGUACUAACGAGCUGUCAAACAUCUUGGUGUGUGAUGAUAUAUCCCGCACAGUACAUAUUAUAGAAAAGGACGAUCUGAACCAGGACACUGCUGUGAUGGAGUCACUGAGUGAAAUCCAAUCAACAGAGACAGAAAGACCAGACAUGAUGUCUUCCCCCAAUUACUUCACUCUGUCACACUGA